CACCAGCCUAGCUGCUAAGAACACAGACAUCAAACUUCAGACCCACACACACAAGAGCAAGAACAAGCUUGUUUGCCUGCCUCAUCGAUCGAAACACAGCAGGAUCAUCGUCUUGAUCAGGAGCAGACUCGGCUAUACGCCUAUACCUCAUGGGUUCGUCGACGGCGCGCGUUCUCCUCGCGGUGGCUCUCGCCGUGCUUCUAACGUCGACGUCCCAUGUCGCUGAUGCCGCCAGGCCCGCGCCGGCGGCGGACCAGGCGCUGCUGCUCGACGGCGGCGUCGUCCAGGCGGUGACGCUGGCGGACAAGGCGAGGCAGACGGUGGAGCUGCUCAUGGCCAGGUUGCCGGCCGGUCCCAGCCCCAAGGGACCCGGCCACUAGAUAGACGAGAAAAUGACUUCUCCUGUGAUCCCGUUCUUUUGUUCAUGUUUCUUUUCUGGGGAAAAGAGACCCUGAUUCUUUCUAGUUUAUUACAGAUUCAUUUUUGAGGGGGAAAAACAUUCUUCUCUGUUGUUACAUGUAUUAUACUGUACCGGUACUGCUGAUGUGAGAUACUAGUGAACUAAUCAAGUACAAAGAUCAA